AUGCCUCGGCCAGAAGGCUGCAAGCCGCCGAGUCGCCCUAACAGCAGGGUGGUCCUGCGGGCAGUACUGAGCCCGCCCUGCUGGGCACCCCACAGUCCCUGCAGCUCCCCAGCUGCCACUGAGGCCCGAUGCCCUGUGAGGAGGCUCCCACCUGUGGGCGGCAGAAUGACGGCCCCGAAGACCCCCUUCCUCACCCUGGGACCUGUGAGUUCACACAGCAGUGGGGACCUGCAGCUGUGGACGGUCCAUCAGCUCCCUCAACAGGGAGGCUGCCCUGGGUGACCUGCGAGGGCACAGGGUACCCCCAUCCUGCUAAGUGGAAGAGGGAAGCUGUGGCAGAGGUCACUCUGUGGGGUGUGCACUGACCCCAGCCAUUGGACCCUCCCCUCCAAGAGCAAAGCUGCAGUCGGCUGCAAGUGCAACCUCUUGCAGAGUGGAAGAAUUUCUCCAGAAGAUACUCCUGCGAGUGGAAUCACUGGAUCGUAGGCCCAGAUGUCUUCCACUUCCUCGAUUUUGCCUGAUGCCUUCCAAGGAGGCUGUGCACAGCGGGUGUGAGACACCCCAUCUCACCAACGGGCCAACAUCCCGAUGGGAGACGUUGAGUUUUCACCACGGUGCUGAGUGUGAUGUGGAAUCUUCUUCUUGUAAUUUGCAUUUCCCUGAUUACGAGUUAGGUGGAACAUCUCGAGUAUGUUUCUGGGCCAUUGGAUUUUCCUGCAAGUCGCCUGUUUCAGUUCUUUGCCCAUUUCCUGUUGGGCUGGUGGGUAUUUUUCGUGAUUAUACGUUGGUUACGUGAGUGGCCUUUGGCUUCAUUUGUUAAAGCAUGUGCAGAAUUGUUAAAUUUUAAUGUAUUCAAAUGCAUUAAUCUCUUCUUUCUUAUAGUUUGAGUUUUUUGGGGUCUUGUCCUUAAAAACCCUUUCUUACUCAAAGCUCUUCAAUAUGUUUUCACAUAUGCUCUUCUACAAGUUACAAGCUUUGCUUUUCUCACUGAAGCCGUUAAUUCAUUGGAAAUGCAUUUGUGUGUGGUGGGAAGUACAGCCCUGAUUUUUCCCA